AGGAGAGCGGCAUUUUUAACGUUGUGAAGUAAAUUCUGCUUUUGUUGUUUAAAGCACAUCAGAAGCUUUUAGUUCAUUUUAACUGAUUUAUUUAGUUGAAGUGUUGUUUAUUUUAUUUACAUUUUGUGUUUUGGUUGGUAUUUACCUAGCUGUCACACGUAUAUAUAUAUGUGUGUAUUUGUUUGGUAUUAACCUCACUGUUUUCACGUACAUAUAACUGUAUAGUUGAAACAAAUUAAAAUUAUGGCCCCAACUAACAAUUGUGGACGACCGGACUGCCACUUUCCGGUGGAUGAUGGGAUGCAGUGUGACAACUGCAGCCUUUGGUUCCACAAAGUUUGCACUGGUUUAACACCAGUAGCCUAUAAGAGAUGUUGCAAGCCAUCAUCUCCAUGGCUGUGCAAAUUUUGCAGCAACCCGUUAGAUGUCCUCAUCCAAGAGGCAGUAGGACUCUUGAUGUCCAAGAAAUUGUCGAAAGACAUAGUUGAAAAGCCUGUACCAGAAACCUUAGCCAAGGAUGGCGGUUCAGGACAUAGUUGUAAGACUCAGGAUGCAUCACCUCCUGAAGUCUCAGAAGCGAAAGAAGCACAAAAUGCCCAAACAUCUGUUGCUGCAAAGCGCAAAAGGCAACGGAAAUCCAGAAGGGCAAGUAGUGCCAGCAUGGCAAAACCAGCCUGUGAAAUAGCAACGCCAAAGCGCAGCGUGUCUAGUGCACGAAUUGCUUCUAGUCGCGGCGAAAACAGAGUAGGAGAAACUGACUCCACUUGGUUGCUGCCGAAAGGUAAGAAGCAAAACAAAACUAGGAAAGAAACAGUAGCCGAGUUUACCAACAAGGUCUCGACGACUGUUAGUACCAGCAAAACUCAGAAACCCACGGACUCUAGUUACAGUAUUAUCAUCUGGAACUUGGAGGAAUCUAAGAACACAGAUCCAGCUGCCCGACAUGCAGAUGAUCUGAAGGCGAUCAGCUCCAUUUUCCGGGAAAUACUUCCCGAAAAAACAACUGGAGUACACGUACGAAAGGCCAUCAGGAUCGGAAAACGAAACCCUGAUGCUACAGGAACUCCUCGACGACUACUUAAGAUAGUUUUAGGGAACGAAACAGAGAGGAGGACCAUCCUCGACAACGCGUUCAAAGUCAACGACAAAAGUCUAAAAAUAAGGCCUGAUUGGCCUUUAGAAGAUAGAAUCAAAAGAAGAGAAGCCGUGGCUGAACUAAAGGCCAGGCUAGAGAAAGGCGAAAAGGACCUCAAGCUAUUGGGUUUUCGGGUGGUGAGGUCUCGGAAACCGAUGCUGCCGAGACCUCUCUUCAUAAGCCGGGUGAACACGUAGGUGUUUCGGUGUGCUAUACGAACGCAUGUAGUCUUAGGAAUAAGCUCGCCGAAUUAGGAGAGUUAUCUGAAAGACUACAACCUGAUGUAAUUGCUAUCACUGAGACGUGGUUGUUAGUGGGUGUAGACUUAACUCCACUCAUACCUGGGUAUAUCUGCAUACGAGCAGACAGAGUAAGUAGUCGGAAAGGGGGGGGGGUUGCUCUAUACAUCCGGGAUGACAUAGGGAUCAGGUCAACGU